CUGUCAUGUCUAUAUCAGUUUCGAAUAUAUUAAUAAAUUACCUGCAUAAAAGCGCGCUAAAAGAAGCGAGGACCGGUAGUUAUAUCAAAGACACGUUACUGUCGAAAACGAACCGGCGAACUAAAAAUGGAUACGAGCAGUGCUGGCAGUGAACAAGAGGAUGCGGCUAAUAGAUGUCGCUGGUUUCGCGUUAACUGGAAAUGGUGCAAAAUGGGAAGUUCCAAUCUUGGAAUCAACAUUCGUCUAAAUCCAGUUGUGUCCUUCGUCUCAGCUUUGAUUAUCUGGGGCUUUGUCGUGUGGUGUAUGACCGAGCCAGAAGCAGCGAAUAAAAAAAUGGGAGAGUGGAAAACCUGGAUCACCCAAACCUUUACCUGGAUGUACAUCGGCACCCAAGACGCCUGGGCUGUGUUUAUUAUCGUCCUGUACUUCUCCAAAUACGGCAACAUGAAACUGGGAAAACCGGAUGAAAAACCUGAAUUCAAAGACGCGUCGUACUUCACCAUGCUGUUUGCCGCUGGCAUAGGGAUCGGCCUAUUCUACUUCGGAGUUGCUGAACCGGUCUGGCAUUACGCGCCUGGUCAUUAUGGAAACCGUUAUUAUGACAGGUACAAUGACAAUCAACGGGCCCAGGACUCCAUGAACCUAACUUUGUUUCACUGGGGUAUUCACGGAUGGAUCGUGUAUGUUGUGGUGGGUCUUCUGUUGGCCUUUGUAGGUUACAGGCAAGGACUUCCCAUGACAAUGCGCUCCUGUAUGUAUCCCCUCAUCGGCGACAAGAUUUAUGGAUGGAUGGGAGAUGCUAUCGACAUCCUUUCCGUUGUGUGCACCAUGUUUGGCGUUUGCACGAGCUUAGGACUGGGCGUAAUGCAACUAAACGCUGGUGUUCACCGCUUAAGAAGCUCCAUUGAGGUCAGCACCUUAAACCAGAUCAUCAUCAUCUGGUGCGUCACGGCCUGCGCUACAGCCUCCGUUAUCAGCGGACUGAAGAUGGGCAUCCGACGGUUGAGCGAAAUCUGUUUCAUCUUGGGCGUAUUUGUCAUGAUGCUGGUGUUCUUCCUUGAUGAACCCUGGUUCACGCUGAACUUGCUUGUCCAGAGCACCGGUUAUUACAUGCAGACAAUAAUUCAGCUUGGCUUCCACACGGACGCUUUUGCUCAGCUAGGAAAUGCCCCGGACGGAAAGGAGGCCGCGCAAUGGAUGGAUGGUUGGACCAUAUUUUACUGGGGCUGGUGGAUCGCCUGGUCGCCUUUCGUCGGCAUGUUCAUUGCCAAGAUAUCUAGAGGCAGAACCAUCAGACAGUUCAUCAACGCCACACUCACGGCACCGGUCGCUUUUUCAAUCUUCUGGUUCAGUGUCUUCGGAGGCGCAGGCCUAAAGAUGGAACGAAAUGCAGUACUUGCAAACAUAACUUGCACUUCACCGAUCGGCGGAAAAACUGCAACCGAGUCUCUUAAUGGUUUGUUUCGUUUAUCCUGUCGUGGCAAGAACGAUAUGUGGUUCGACGUGAUGCAACAAUAUGGAGACAUAGGAACUUUCCUUUCAAUCCUUUCCCUGAUCGGAAUCGUCCUUUACUUUGUCACCAGUUCUGACAGUGGUUCCCUUGUGAUAGACUGUCUUUCGGCCAAUGGCGACCCCAAACCUCCCGUCCUCCAGCGUAUCUUCUGGGCUCUGACUGAAGGUGCAACAGCAACUGCUCUUCUUUAUGUUGGAGGUGAUAAAGCACUUAAUGCCCUGCAAACAGUUUCCAUUGCGUCUGGGGUUCCCUACACCAUCCUGCUCUGUUUCAUGUGCGUGGCGUUGUGGAGGGCGGUAAAGGUAGAAGCUGGAGACCUUGAUCCCAAUGGUCCACAGUUCACCACUGGCCUUUUGGAUGUUCUCAGUACUCCAACUACCGAGAGCGUGAUCAAAGUUUUCCUGAACAUCUUUGCACCCUGGUACUCCAUGUCAGUUGCAGCUGCGGAAAUGGAAAGGCCGAAAGGUAGAAAGUGGACGAAGAUGCUGAUCCUUGCGAUACCGUUCUACACUUGGAUCGCACUUCUGGCUUUGGAAUCCUUUGACAUCGCUUCCGGGAUAUGUUACGUCGGAUGGACGGUGCUGUUUGGAUUCUUCGCCUAUGGUGCGGGGAUACGCAUCUCGAUACGAGAGAGAUACGACAUCCACGGAAACAUGAUAGAAGAUUUCUUUGCAGUGAUGAUCCUCUACCCAUUUGCUGCCUACCAGAUGGAACACCACAUGAAAAACUAUCGAGGACGAGACAACGAAGACCAUCUUGUCCAGAAUGGACACUGUGGAUCAUACGAUAAAUCGGAGUCGUGUUGUGUUCCUCUUGAGGAGAUAGAAAAGUUAGUUGAUCCAGACCAGAGACACACAAACGUUUAACGCCUUGAGCAAACAUUAUUUAUGAGACUGAAAGUUAAAAAUUAGUGAGAACUGUAAUCUUUUUAAUUUGAUUAUUUUUCAUAAAGAAUAUUUGCGUUUCUAAGGAUUAAUAUAAAGAAACGGUUAAGGUAUUGCCGGAGAAGCAUUGCAAAGCAAUUGUUAGUUCAAGGUAUAAUUUUGUUAGCAGCUUCUCGAAUUAGGUGUAAAUAUUUUAAUUCUUUCAAAGUUACUUUUUUAAGGCUAAAAAAACCUGUUAGUUUGAUAGGUAUGUAUAGCAGAUGUGUUAAGAUGUAAAAUGUAAAAAGAGACUCUCAAGGGAGGCUAUUUAUGACAAAGAUCGCUGUUGAUCCAUUUAAGUAACUAGGUAACUAAAUUAAUUAACUAAAAAUUAAAAAUUUUAUUGUAAAGCAAGAGUGUUGAUGAUUUUAAUUGUCCUGUUACAAAAACAUAAUAGAAGUACCUGUCAUGUUUGGAACUUCAGCAUCUUUUUAAGAAGUCUACCGGCUCUAUUGUAUCACGUGAAAAAUAAAGAAGGCCUCUGGGGCUUAUAUAGCAUUAA